UUUAUCGAGUACAGACGCGUUUCUUCGGUUCUUUUCCCGGGCACACUACACUCAACUGUCCCACAAACUCCAACAAAAAAAAUACAUUGACAAAGAUUCGAAUCCUUGCACGUAUUUGCACAUCCAUCUCAAAACCCUUCCGCAAAAAUCCGCUUUUUCGACAUCCGAUGCACCUGGAAGUGAUAAGUGAGUUUUCAUCAUAGAUCUAAAAUCUGCAUUGGUCGGCAAAUCAGUGCAUAAUUCCUAAUUGAAACUGUGAUCGUCGUUUCCUAGUGGAUGUCGAUGAAGUCUGCAACCUCGCUGUCCCUUCGGAAAAUAAUGAAAACGAAAGAAGAAAGUUAAAUUCCUAAAAGCUAGGGGAUUAAAUGCUAUUUCAUCAAAUCAAAGCUAGGGGAUUAAAUGCUAUUUCAUUCAAAAAUCGAGCAAUAAAACAUCCGAAUAAAGGAAUAAUUAUGUUCUGCUAGUGCCACCCACAGUAGAUAGAGAGAAAAAGGCAAAAAAUAAAACGAUCUGCAUUGUGGGAGCCCUCUCCGGACGUUGUGAUUGAACAGCUCUUAUCGUUUCGGCAACAUCAUCGCCUGUGGUGCUUAUUUAUCGCGUUGAGUGGAAGAAAACUGUCCACCUAGCGGACGGACCCGUGGGAAAUUAUUCACAGAGGACGACGAACACAGCCGGCACAGCCCCACUAAGACAAAGCAUGGAUGGUGGAAAUAAGAAAAACACCGUUUCCGAGUUCAGCUACAUGCUACAAAGACAAGGCAGUGACGACUCGGCCGAGGCAGCCGCCUUCGAUGACAUCGAUUCCCUGAUGAAGAACGAGCAAUCGAAAACCGAUUCGCUGUCAUCACUGCCACAGGCAUCCUUCAACUACAUCAACUCGAUAGUAGGAAGCGGAGUAAUUGGUAUUCCGUACGCACUUCACCGGGCCGGAUUCGGUCUGGGGCUGUUUCUACUGGUAUUAGUGGCUGUGAUAACGGAUUACUCGUUGAUAUUAAUGGUGCGGUGCGGUCAUCUGUGUGGGAGAUUCAGCUAUCCUGGUGUGAUGGAAGCCGCCUACGGAAAGACCGGCUACUAUCUUCUGUCGCUGCUGCAGUUCAUGUACCCAUUCCUAGCGAUGAUAUCCUACAACGUGGUGGUCGGCGAUACGCUUUCCAAGGUGCUGGUACGGCUAGUGCCCUCCUGGGGCAACUCGAUGGGAGCGGUGCGCUUCGGAGUAGUUCUAGUAGUCACCGUGUUUGUGAUAAUUCCACUCUGCCUGUAUAAAAACGUCUCCCGGCUGGCGAAGGCGAGCUUCCUCAGUCUCGCAUGUGUGGUCAUCAUCCUGAUCGCUGUCGUGUACAAACUGCUGUCCGGGGAUUACUAUGUCGUACCAGACACUCCGGAAUCGUGGAGAUUAGCCAACGGGGAUGUCAUACCAGCGGUCGGAAUAAUGGCUUUCGCUUUCAUGUGCCAUCACAACACCUUUCUCGUAUAUCAUUCGAUGCGGGAUGCCACUCUGGAACGGUGGGAAAAGAUGACCCAUUUCUCGGUGGGAUGCGCCUGGAUGGUGGCCGUCUUCUUCGGUAUUGCCGGUUACUGCACUUUCCGGGCACUUUCGCAAGGGGACUUACUGGAAAACUACUGCUGGGAUGACGACCUGAUGAACUUCUCCCGGGUGCUAUUUUCUGUGUCGAUUCUGUUGACCUUUCCCAUCGAGUGUUUCGUUUCGCGGGAAAUCGUCCGCACACAAAUCAAACGAUUCUAUUCCAGCGAAGUGAUGGAGUAUGAUGCCGACAAGGACCCAACCCAUGAAACCGGCAGUGACGAUGACCAGAAAUCCAUGACCACGACACUGGUUAUCGUGUUUGCAGCGUUCAUAAUAUCUCCGUACACGGAAUGUCUCGGUCCGGUGCUGGAAUUGAAUGGUUUGCUUGCGGCAAUACCACUCGCCUACGUUCUGCCGGGACUGGCCUACAUCCAGCUGAGCCCACAUUCUCUAUUCAGUCAGGAGAAAAUACCGGCCGCCGGGUUAGUUCUAUUCGGUACAGUUGUCACCAUUUCCGGCGCUGCACUGCUGAUGCCAAAUCUGAUCGGCGACUGCAGAACCGGCAUAAUUAUGGGCUACUGUCGGGAGGACGAAUUGGCCGUCAACGGCACGGCAAGCCUGACGGGACUCACGACGACACCAUGUACUACCGAUAGGGCUUAAAGCGUUCCCCGGGUAGGAUUGGAAAACCAACCAACUCGAGGAAGAAUUGCGGUGUUAGUGCGAUACGGUUCGGUAUUGUCCGGAUGGAACGGUUUGGACGGAUAGAAUUUCUAUUGGUUUGAGUUGUUUAAUGCGAAGGAAUACCAUUAGCAACGGGCCGUGUAUACAAUAUCCGGAUACGUACCCGUAAUGAUAAAUGCGCGUUGGAAUGGAUUUGAUUCGAAAUUCAUUUAAAAUUUCAUGCGUCCACAGAGAAAAUCUAAAUGUGAGUAAUUUUAUGAAUAAUGCCGUGAGGGAGUCAUAAGACUGUGUAUUGUCGUAUAGCAUAUCGGGACAAUCCUGCAGGCCAAAUGAGAACUUAAUUGGUUGACCACACAUAUGUAAUAAGGAUUUGCCGGGAAAUUUUCGAGCUAACAAAACAGCAUUUGAGAUAAAACUUUAUUUGUUUCUAUUGGAUAAAUGUAUCUGUUCUGAAUCGAUUCCGUGCGUAAAAUGAACUGAAAAAAUCUGAUUUCACACGGUAAUAGCAUCAGUCACUAAGACGACAAUCUGUUGAAACUUAGACAUUAUUCAAUUCUUGACCCAGGCUCAUUAUCUCAAAGAAAUUGUUAAUUAGGACCAUCGUUUUAUCAUUUCAUACUUCAACGUACUUUAAAUAAGUAUAUAAAAAAAAUUGUGACUGAUGUGAGGCGUAUAUGGAUUAGAACGAAAUCUGCUUACUGAGUUCCUAUGAAACAAAAUGCAUUGAAUACUUUCAACUCACACACAGAACAAAAACUAUUACUUCUUUCUUUUAUCAUCUAUCGCGCAAAUAUAUUACUUAUCGAUAUAGAUCAUUUGUUUCAACUGCAGGCAAACAUUAGAAUAACACAUUUUCGACAGAAAAGAUUGCUGGACUACUUUGAAUUGUCAAUGGUUCGAUCGAUUCGCUCAAUAAGCUAAAAUUAAGUUAACCGGAUGUUGCUAGAGAACAAAAAACGUAUUAUUCGAAAAAAAAAAUGUAUUGAUUUUUCGAUCGAAUAUAGUCCGAUCAAAUCAUACGAUCGAAAAAUCAAUACACAAGAAUUGUAGAUAAAAGAUGUCCAGACCUCUAGUCAAUGAUUUAGGCUGUUCGUACACGACAAAAAUCCUGUUUUAAUCCACCAGGAGGGUGCAAUUUAGUCUUCUUCAUAAUCUAGUCUAGUUUAGAAACUUCAAUAGUUAACGUUAUUCGUUAAACUGAUUUCAACAAGCUUAGGUUCGUUCCGGAGAUAUGAUGAUAUAAGUGACGUUACCGACAAACGAGUUGUUUUUGCCUUUCUCAUAUAGAAAGGCUAUACCAGAGAAGCCAGAUCUGCAGAUUAGUCUCUAAAUUUGCAGAUUUCGUACAUAGUGCUGCAGACUUUCUUGGAAAUCGAGUUUGUCGUAGACUUUUAUCAAAAUUUAUAGACUUUUGAAAUUGUUGCGACCUUUUUUUUUGCUCGCCAAAUCAGUUUAUCAGUUUAGCGUAUCAUACCUUAUAAAGAAAUGGCCGCCAGCAAGACAUACUUGCUAGCUGCAGAUUUUUUUUCGGAUAUACAGACUUUUCCAACCCUGUCUGAAGAUAUUUGAAAUUUUUACCGCAUCUCUGGGCUAUACAAUCACUGUGAAAACCGACUCUUGAACCGAGGCCCAGAGGACCAAAUGUCAUAUACCGUUCGACUCAACUCGACGAACUGAACAAAUUUCUGUGUAUGUAUGUGUCUGGGUGUAUGUGACAAAAAAUUUCACUCGAUUUUUACAAACUCAAAUUUAAAUGAAAGGUCUUAUGGUUCCAUAAAUCGCUAUCGAAUUUUAUCUCGAUCUGACUUCGGGUUACGGAAUUACAGGGUGAUAUGCACCAAGAAAAUGAAAAAAAAGUCACUCACUUUUCUCAGAGAUGUCGUGACCGAUUUUCACACACUAAAAUUCAAACGUACGAUCUUAUGGUCCCAUAGCUCGCUAUUAAAUUUUAUCUUUAUCCGACAUCCGGUUUCGGAAUUACAUGGCAAUAUAUGCAAAUCUAUGAGAAAAUGCGCACUUAAUUUGCUCGGAAAUUUCUUAGUCGAUUUUUACAAACUAAGAUGCAAUUAAAAUGCCUUGAAAUUCUCUAAAAGUCUCCAAAUAGUUGUUUUAUAUCCGACUUUUGGUUUAGGUAUUACAGUGCGAUAAGUGAAAAAUUUUCAAUUUCAUGAGGAUUUUUCAAAAUUGAUGGCGAAAUGAGGUGCAAACUUUUGGCAAAUAUUGUUAGUUAGUGAAUACAUAAAUCUACUUUGGGACUUUGGGACUACUACUACUCCCCGGUUUGCGCUUUCGAACGCACCGGUAAUAGUGAAGAAAAACUACAAAACCGGAACUCACUUCGAUUUCUCAGUAACGGUUAAAUCGAUUUUCACAAAUCAUGAUUCAAAUUAAACCUCUUAUCGUCUUAAAAAUACUGUAUAAUUUAAUCCAGAACCGACACCCGUUUCCGAAAUUAUAGGGCGAUGAGUAUCAAUACUUUCAAAUUGUCAUAUAAAAUUAUGCUAAAUCGGUACGCAUCGGUACGUGCCUGGCACACAGCGUACUUUACUCAAUUUUGUAUAGCGUGCAGGGUUGCCACAUUUAAAUCUAUAUUAACAUAACUGUUUAUGAAUUGAAAAGGUGAUGGUAGUUUAUACCAUCGAAAGUUUUUGAUUUUAUUCAAGUUUGUAAAAAAAUUUUGACAGAAUCUAGUAGUGAUGUUUUUGAAAAUAUACGUAAUAAGAAAAAGGCAUCAUUACACCACUAGGUUUUUUUUUUGAUAAUCACAUCUGAUCUGAUUGGCUGCCUUCCUAAAAUUGUAAGUAGAACCGUAAUAUGAUCUUCUUAAUGCCAUCAGCGACUAAAACUCUGGCAUCAUCAAUAUGAGGAAAAGAGAAAUAUUACCUCUGUUCAGAUUAGUUUCAUCUUCUACAAUAACUUUUUCAAAGCCUGCGGACAGUGGGUCACGUAUGGAUUUUGAAUCGACCACGUGACUCCCUCAAUUCCAUUUGCGCCUGUGUGUGUUAGGACCCAUGUUGAGUCGAAUUGGUUUCCUUUCCCCUUCGCGAAUAAAAUAGCGGACGCAUUGAAACUGACUUUGUCUCACAGUAAAAUAUGACAUAACUUUUAUCGCAACAACGUAAAGUGUGAUUUUUAUGCUGGUAUCUUUUUGGCAACACUGUUUUUGGCCGAACACAAGUGAAUCGUGUUUUGUGUCACUAUCAAAUUAGUUCAGUUUGGUUUAUAAUUCAAUCAGGAAUCCUCGUUUGGUCUAUAAUUUAAUCAUGAAUAAGGUAUGCUAUUCCAAGCGUUUUAAUUUUCAGCAAUUCUUCAGUUAGAAAAAAAAGAUACAACACGAGAGGUACACUAAAUGUAUCAUUCUGAAAAUCACAAUCACAGAAUAUUCUCAACUUAAUUUCAAAGACAUUGUCAGGUGGUUUCUCCGAUAAUCAUCACCGUUUCCAAGAUAAUUCAAUUUGAAACGGGAAAAUAGUAGAAAACUUUCGUCUUCAGCGCACUGUCCUCAGCCCGGUUUAGUUGAGAGGGACUCGCAUAACAGAGCCAAUGAUUGAGUAGAUCUGUUUGUUUGUCAGUAAAGUUAUGGGACAAACGAUUGACCAAGAAAUCCAUCAAAAUCUUUACAAGCGGUUUCGAAGGACGGUCUUUGAAUUGUUAAAAAAAAUGGUAUCAAAUAGUUCAAAUGUUCUAUGACUAAAAAAAAUACAAAUCCAGUUGCCAAAAAAAACACUUUUUCAUACGAUUGUGAACACAUUUGUCUGUGAGAGAGUACGAUUAUAACUUGUUUCGGCACAACAGAAAGAUAAGAAAAAGAAAAUCUUUCACAUCUGCCGUUGCAGAACCAUCAAUCGAAUCACGUCCAGUUAUAAUUACUGAGCAAAAAAUUUUAAUUCAGCUUUUCCAGCUGCAAACACUAAGGGAGAGUGUUCGGUUACCGGCACCCUUUUUUUGGCUCAUAACUUCUGACUUAGUGCACAUUAUGCGGACUUCUAUACAUCAAUCGAAAGCUAAAGUCCCUAGCUAACAACUGAUUAAGAAACUAAGUUAAUUCCAUUGAUUGAAAAAACUUUAUUAUCAAUUAAGUAAAUUGUUAAAUUUUAACCAUUUCAAAAAAGGUGUUCGGUUACCGGCACUCCAAGAAAUUUCGGAAAAAUAAAGGUAAAGAAUAAAAUUAUUCAAAGCAAAACCGGAAUUUAUACUUUUCGGAAACGUUUUGGACAAAAGUCUUCAUUGUCGGAUGGUGACUUCGGCUUGGAUCUCUUGGCCGAUGAUUUGGAUGGUGGCACCUUUGGUGUUGAUUUGGCCGGUCUUCCACUUUUUUUUCUUAGCCGGAGUAUAAUUUGAAACUAUCAAAAAUAUAUAUUUGGGACAGAGAUGGCAUUUCACCAGAGUGAUACAAGCUAGAGUCAGAUUUUUACCACACCGAGGAUGCAAAAAACGAAGCACCGCACAAAGAGGAAAGCGCACUUCUUCUCAGUGUCGAAUAGACAGCAUUUGAGUGUGCGCUUGUGGUUAAAGCAGCUGGCGCGAGUGAAACACAUUCUCUUCGCAUGAAUCGCUCACACGCGCUCUCGUCUAAAUACACCCAAGUGACCACUGGCGCGUGAUGGUGAGCGAACACUUCUGUGAACUUCAAUUAAUAGAGAGUAGAUCUGGCCUUGCUAUGAAAAAUUUGCAAGGAAAACCGAAAAUUUUACGAUAAAUUGUAUUAUUUUGCUGAUUUUGCGUGUCCACGCUUCAUCUACGAAAACCAUACAGCAGAGUGCUCACCGGCGUGUACACCUCUGUGAAAGUAUCUGCAUCCACCUCAGAGAAUUUAUUAGCUAAUGCUCUAGCACUUUGGUGCGAUUCAGUGGAAGAGGUAAAAGGAAAUAAACAAACGCACUCAUGAUGCGUGCACACUUUACACAACAGUGGUGUAUAAAUGUGAAAGAGAAGAGCUCUCGUUGAAGUUGUCAGUGCGAGGGGAGAAAUUUUGCUUGCUCUUCGUCACACAGAGGAGAUAGACAUCUCUGAUUUGGGAUAUGAUGUUCCAAAUCUAAACUAAACAUCUUAAGUUCUGUUUUACACAGCGUAAUGUUUUCAUCUUUGUUCUAGUUUUGUAUCAAAUGCUGAAAUAUUUGAAACAAAUUUAAUCUGCAUCUUAUUGUUCCAAUGAACAUGUUCUAGUUGGAGAUGUAAAAUAUAUAUUUGAACUGCGAUUCGAAUGGUCAGGCUCUUCUCGAUUUAUGGUACACACGUAGUACAAAAUAUUUAAAUGUGAUCGAAUCUGACAUUAUUCGCCUAAAAUGGAGUAACUUCUGUGACUUUAUCGGUUUAUAUGACAUUUCGUUGAAGUCCUCUAAAUCGAUAUUUAAUGUAUUUGAAUCAAUACUCUAAAAUUCAAUGUUGUAGUAAUCCAGUAUUUUUUUAGUUUAAUAGAAGUUCUUUCCUUGCGGUCAAUAGUCUAUAAAUUAGUUAUUAUUUCGCAUAAAAAUCUCAGUUGUUUGUUAAGUUCAGUCGCAAUAUUCGAGCGAAAUCGCGUCAAACAAACCAAAACAUACCAAAGAAUAGUCAAACAGCAUGGAUAGAUAAAAAAAAAUACGUCCUUCAUUUAUUGCGCUGACCUUUAACGCAUUUAAAAUUUACUUUUUUGUUCUGAAACAAUGCACACUGUAUCAACCCGGACUACAUUGUCUCAAAAAAAACAGAGCUCAAAUCGCAAAGUAAGUUGAAUGUGGUCCAACAAUGAGAAUUAAACUUUCCACUUGAUGUUUCGACGAUUACUGACGUUGUAAGGAAAAAUAGACGGAUUUCAAAAAUUUACUCUAAAACAGUAACUUAUCAAAGAAUGGUAUCCAGUUAAUUAAGCAAAUAUCAAAAUCUGAAGUGAAAUAACUAUUUACCUUAGCAACUACCGAUGAAACAUACACAUGGAAUUAUAGUUAAUUUUCUUACUCAAAGAUAGUAAAGUCUUUCAUUUUCCCAAUCUGGGACCAAUUAGUGUGCAUUCUUUGGAACUAAAAAAACAAGACAUCACCUGUAAUCAAAUCGAUCCACUAGAUGACUUUACUGCUUCAUAUUCAUUAACUGAAGAGUAUGUGUAGAUUGAGUUGACGAUUUGUAAUUAAUUCAAACAAUCAAAGGCUUAAGUACCUGCUAAUCUUCUAAGUACAGUAUGUUUAACUAUCAGCGAAUUUCUUGUAACGGUGUCUUUCCUUUCCAAACAAACUACUAAUCAAAUGAUAAACUUGUUUAGGGAAAAUCAAAAUCAAAUGAUUUAAUAUUUCUACAAAUAAUUUUAUGCAUGUUCCACCAGCAAAAAGGGUGUCAUAAAAAAUUGUCUUUCAAACUAAUUAAUAAAACGUAGUAUUAUACGACAAGUUCCAUUUUGGAAUAGAAUUGUAAUCGACGUAAGCAUUUUUAGCCGUACGGCAGUUUGCCACAUGCAAGUAAUUCACCGUCGCACGAAAAAAAAACUAUUAAGGGAACAGUAAAAACUAUAUAUCAUAUCGACGCAAGGUAAGCAAAGGCUUCGGAUGAGUCUUACCACUGAAUACUAAUACCAAAUCAAAUACGAAAGAUUUUAAGAGCAGACAUUAGUAACUAAAAGAUAAUAUAUAUAUUGGGAAAAUAAAUAAAUUCAAAUCUAUUGAAUACAGAGUAUUUAAGAAAACAAAGCACUGAUUUCGUACUGCACCAAAGCCUAGAUGUAGUUGUAACUGGUAACAGCAAAAGAAUUAGUAGAUAAUCGCCUGAAUGUAGGCGCCCCAUCACGAUAUAAAUUCAUCGAAAAUCAUUGGGUUCAUAAUGUUAUAACAAGCUUUGGGAUUGAUAUUCAGUCAGAUACAGAAUUUCUUUUGAAACAUGUGGUUCAAAAACCCGAAGUCAGUAAAAUGAUAUGUUACAUCAAUUUCAGAUAGGAACCUAUUUAGGAUACCUAAAUCCUACUAAGUAAGUAAUGUCGCAGACAAACGAUCUGUUAAUCGAAGCAAAGAUAAAGAGAUGGCUUUAAAAUGGUUACGUAUUGUUACAACUAUACACACACGAAGCAGAGUAAGAUACCGUAGCGUUAAAUAAAGAUAUAGCAAUGAUAUUUUAGAAUAACUCUUGAUAUUUGUCGAAAUAGUGAAUAUAUUGCAUUUCUGUAUAGCUAUAAAUAUAUAUUUUGGACAGAACGUUAGGAUAUCAAAGUAUUUAUUUAAAACAUUCACUAAAUGAAAGAAGAUGGCAAUGAUUAAUGGCAACUACUGUAAUAGAGUGAAACAGAAAUAAAUAUGUGAACUCUGUCCCUCUGCCGUGGCGCACAUUUCCCGGAAUACAGCCCAAAACUGCCGAAUGCCCUUUGUUGAGUCAGAAGUGACAUUUUAGCAUUAGCUCUGAAGCCGUGCGCUACUAUUUUAUUAAUGCCCAGUUUACCAUGCUUCUUUGUAGCAACCUAUUCUUAAAACAGUAUCCAGUCCCUUCUGCAUUCAGGGGAGGAAUAUCUAUUCGAUACAGUGAUGCUACUAAAAAUCGGUAAAUCCUCUGCAUAUUCACGUACAUCUAAAAAAGGAUGAGUAUGUAAAUCAUAUGACUCAUUGACGGGUUUUUUAAGGAGGUUUGUUUUUUAUUGUCUGAAAGUUGUUUUGACAGUGCAAAGUGACGUCUCUACUCAGUAUUGUCUGGCAAAUCAACAUGAAUACCACAUGGGCUGAAAAGUUCCGGGUCUAACAAAGACAACACGAUUUUCUGGUUCAAAUUUGACUUUAUCCAUCAACGUAAUCUACAUCAAGAGCAACGCAAUCAUUCCAGCUACACUCUCACAUUACAAUACCACUUUUGUAGAACGAUUUAUCUUUUACCUCAGAAUAGGCCUCAGUUUCAGCGAUAACCCUUUUUAUUCGUGCGAAAUUUCUUACUGGCGAGCAUUUUUUUCAGGUCUGUGAACAGCCAGUAGUCGCUGGGAGCCAAAUCUGGCGAAUAUGGCGGAUGUGGAAGCAAUUAAAGGUUCAAUUCAUGUAGUCAGAAUCAUCAACACGUUCUUGUUUUUGGCCAACAGUGAGCAAACGCGGCACCCAUUUUGAACAGAGCUUUAUCAUAGCCAAAUGCUCAUGCAAUAUAAUGCCUACACGUUCUUUUGAUAUCCUUACGAUGUCAGCUAACUCAUGCAACUUCACUUUUCGAGAAAUUUUUUCUUGUUGAUGUCUUCUGCAAAGUUGUAGAGGGUUAUUGACGUGGUCUUAUGUGAAUAAACGACCUUGUUCCAGCACGCGUGUAAAGACAAAUAGAAAAAUAACUUUUUACUGGAGGCAGAUAGAGAGUUUUCGUCUUCGACAAUAUUAUAGCCAUUGCAAUUUCUGGUAACUUUGCUGAAGAAAACAUUUCGUUAACUAUAACCGUUAACUCAUUAUUCGGUAAUAUUACUAAAAGGUUUUAAAAAAUCAGUUUUUUCGUUCUAAAUUUUUUCACCUUAAGGCCAUCGUCCAAGUACUAUGCGCGCGGGUGGUUUUAGGAAAUUUUCGAUGGAAAUUUUGAAAAAUUUGACAAAACCAAAAACAUACAGACCAGCUCAUGCCUACGAGUUAUCUUCACCAAUCUAUUCAAAUGUAGGUUCAUAUCGGUAGCUGUUAAUUGGAGAACUCUGAGAUACACUGGAACCUCAAUUGAAGCGCAUAGUCAGGGGCGCGGAAAUUUUAUAUAACAUAGCGUAAUUUCGAUUCUCAGCCAUUCAAGAAUUUCAGGUCUUAAGAUCCACACGAACGAUCAACAGCUCAUGUGUAAUUUUUCACUGUUGUUCAUAGUCAUGGAGCUACAUAUUAGUAGAUCUUAAAGCUUGGACUACAGUUAAUUUUCAGAUAAACUAGUAUAUUUACAAUAGGCCUAUUAAUUGCAUGUGAUAUUAUGAGUACGAACCGUGGACAAGUUAAAGAAACUCCAGAUAGUAUUUGGAUAACCUAGAAGAUUAUCAACAGUCACGUACCCAGAGGGGGGCCCGAGGGGCCCGGGCCCCUCCCGAAAUCAAAAACAGAUAUAUAAUUAUUUAGAAGGCCUGAGGCAUGUGUUGCAGAAAUAACAAGCCAGUAAACGUAAACAAAUGUAAUACAAUAAUAGAUCCAGUGGAAAAGUUUAAAGUGUCUGUUAACCCGUAAGAGGCACACCAAAAAUUAGGUACAUAAGCAGUCUUCAGUAACAUUAUUUUUUACCUUGGGCCCCUCCCGAAACGAAAUCCUGGGUACGGGCCUGAUUAUCAACAAGUCCAUGAUUUACAUGGACCAUGUACUAGAAUUUGAUUAGUUCCUCCGUCAAUUUCGGUAUGCUUAUUUUCGGGUUAUUUCGUAUUUUGCGGACUAUAAGCCGUUCAUCAACUUCCGAUAGGAUCCAUUUGCUUCCCCUUCCUGCCUUGUUCUACAGAGUUUCCUUAUAUUUCCAGUUAUCAACGAUAUUUUGUACAAUAGAAUGCAAUCGUCCGACGAAUUCUUCCUAUUUUUCCCAAAGAAAUGAUCAAUAAAACCGACGUUUAAACGAGCUGGUGUUUUUGUUGUAUACUCUAUCACUUACACGCGAAACGAGCUCAUAAUAAAUCGUGCCGGUUUUGGUGUACGAUCAAUUUCGUUAGAAUAAUAUUAGCAUGUAAUUCCCUAUUAAUCGAUUAUUUCCAACAACAAAAUACUUUCAAUCCAAGUUUUCGAUCAAUUGUGCUUCAAAACAAUUUUCAUGUCAAAAUCAAUUGAAAAUAAAUACAGAAUUGGCUAGAUACUGUUUGAAACUGCAAUAAAAUGUAGCAUCUUACGUGUGUACGAUCAAUUUUGUGAGUAAAUGUAUUGAGAUUCAAAUCAACAAUGCGUCUAACUCUGUGUACAUUAUGUUUGAAUGUGAACCAGAUGCAAUUACAUUCGCUUCGGUUAACAACGAGGUGCACAGUUUCGAGUAUGCCAGCCUUAAAUACAAAAUCACUGUGGGGGACGAUGCCAUCCUCUGCAAGGUAGUGAUCAUUACGUUCGAGAAAAUACGUUGCAGUACGGAGAAAUUCAUUGCGAGUGUUACGUAUCCGACUGCAUAAGGCAAUUCAAUCUUAUGUAAUAUCUUAUCAGGGCGGAAGGCAUCCUUGUAAAUCGCUGGUUACCUAUGAGAAUCAGCUGUUUACAUGUCAGUUU